AUGACGACUGAAACGCGUUAUAAUCUCACUUUGGUGGGAGACUACGUUUUAAAGAAAGAGGCAAUUUACAUAGUGGCUCAAGUGUGGGAGCUACGAGUUUUGGUACUUGAUGUGGACGAUCUAAUAAAUGACGAAGGCUGGCGGACGGCUCCGUUGAUAAUGCAACUGCGUGUGAAGGAGUUACUGAACCCGUUUAAUAGAAUAAAAGUGAAGUCAUACCAAAUCGGGAAACUUCACGACACUUUGAAGAAAGUGCCAUUCUUUGGUUCAGCUACUCUUACUUCGUUUAACCACCAAGGAACUCUAAGACCUCCUACGCAGACAAAGGAAUCUGAAAUUAUAAAACGAGGUGAGCCUUUUCGUUUGUUAGCUGUAGUUAGUUAUGUAAAGACUAAUCCGGAUACUGUCUCGAUAACCGGAGAACGACUCGAAGGAGAGGAAAGGAUAUACGAAGAUCGGAUAAGGUUGAGAAAGAUUCCAGAGUUAGGAGCGGUGGUAGAGGCAAAAGUGAUAAGACUUGAGACAGGAAGGACCUAA